CGGGGGGCUGGCGCGGAUUCCGCGGCCGGGUCCCCGCACUGGGCACGCCCUGCCGCCUUCCUGAGCUCUCCCAGAAGAUGUCGGGAGCUAUCUUCACGCCCCUGGAGGGCCUGGGUGCCCUGGACGCCCCGAGCGGCCACCCGCUGGUGUGCCCGCUGUGCCACGCACAAUUCGAGCGCCCCUGCCUGUUGGACUGCUUCCACGACUUUUGCACCGGCUGCCUGCGCGGUCGCGCCACGGAUGGCCGCCUCGCCUGCCCGCUGUGCCAACACCAGACGGUGGUGAAGGGCCCCAGCGGGCUCCCUCCGGUGGAUCGGCUGCUGCAGUUCCUGGUGGACAGCUCGGGGGAUAGCUCGGAGGUCGUGCAUUGUGCCAACUGUGACCUGGAGUGCAACAAACAGGAUGCAGAGACCACGUACUUCUGCAACACGUGUGGGCAGCCGCUGUGCGCGCGCUGCCGCGAUGAAACGCACCGGGCACGCAUGUUCGCGCGCCACGACAUCGUGGCCCUGGGCCAGCGCAGCCGCGACGUGCUCCAGAAGUGCACGCUGCACGCUGAGCCCUACAUCAUGUUCUCCACCGACAAGAAGUCGCUGCUGUGCAUCCGUUGUUUCCGGGACAUGCAGGGGGAGAGCCGGGCGCACUGCGUGGACCUCGAGUCAGCCUACGUGCAGGGCUGCGAGCGGCUGGAGCAGGCGGUGCUGGCUGUGAAGGCCCUGCAGACGGCCACCCGGGAGGCCAUCGAGCUGCUGCAGGCCAUGGUGGAGGAGGUGCGGCGCAGCGCCGCGGAGGAGGAGGCCGCCAUCCACGCCCUCUUCGGCAGCAUGCAGGACAGACUGGCCGAGAGGAAAGCGCGGUUGCUGCAGGCUGUGCAGAGCCAAUAUGAAGAGAAGGACAAAGCCUUCAAGGAGCAGCUCUCCCACCUGGCCACUCUGUUGCCCACCCUGCAGGUUCACCUGGUCAUCUGCUCUUCCUUCCUCAGCUUGGCCAAUAAGGCUGAGUUCCUGGACCUGGGCUACGAGCUGAUGGAGAGGCUGCAGGCCAUUGUCACCCGUCCCCAGCACCUCCGGCCAGCGCAGGACAGCAAGAUCACUAGCGACCACCACGCGGAGUUUGCACGCUGCCUGGAGCCGCUGCUGCUGCUGGGCCCGUGGCGGACAACAAGUGCUGGGGGCGGCACCAGCACGCUAGCAUCGGGCUCAGGCCCCAAGGUGCUGAUGGGGUCCAGCUGCCCUUCCCCAGCGGGAAGGAUGUUGGGGUCUCUGGUCCGAAAGCCCACGCUGCACCGGUCCAUCAGCACCAAGGUGCUGCUGGCGGAGGGGGAGGACACGCCGUUCUCAGAGCACUGCCGCCGCUAUGAGAACUCCUACCGGCGCCUGCAGGCAGAGAUGCAGAACCUGAAGGACCAGGUCCAAGAGCUGCACCGGGACCUCACCAAGCACCACUCGCUCAUCAAGGCGGAGAUCAUGGGAGACAUCCUGAGCAAGUCCCUGCAGGUGGACGCGCAGAUUGCCUCGGAGUACGCUUCCCUGCAGGGGAUGAGAGCAGUCUUCCAGGAGAUUUGGGAGGGAUUCCACCAGCGGGCGGCUGACGAGCAGGAGAUUUACGAAGCCCAGCUCCAUGACCUUCUCCAGCUGAAGCAGGAGAAUGCCUACCUGACCACCAUCACCAAGCAGAUCACGCCCUACAUCCGCUCCAUUGCCAAGGUGAAGGAGCGGCUGGAGCCCAGGCUUCAGGCACCCGCAGACCCACAGUCGGAGCACCUACAAAACACGCACGAUGACAGCACCCGUGGAGAGACACAGGCCAGGAACGACCCGGUGAAUGUCACAGAGAAGAGAGAGAAAACAUCAGAACCUAGAGGGAGCGGCCGGAUUCUGAGCAGCCCCACAGAAGAGCCUCUGCUGAAGAGGAAAGACGCCCCCAGACCCAGACAGGACGGGGGUGACGUUCCCCCGUGGAGGGAGCGUCCGACUUAGCAAAUGGGACCGGCCCGGAGGGGUGGGCGUUUUACAGCCCA